AUGGCCGCCCCCGUGCACCACAUCAACUCCCCCGAGGAGCUGCGGACCCUCCUCGCGUCAACCACCUACGUCGCCGUCGACUUCUUCGCCGACUGGUGCCCCCCGUGCAAGGCCAUCGCCCCCGUGUUCGAGAAGCUGGCCGCCCAGCACGGCCGCCCCGCCCACCUGGUUUUUGCAAAGGUCAACGUGGACCGGGUGCCCGACGCGGCCCAGACGUACGGCAUCUCGGCCAUGCCCACCUUUCUGUUCUUCAAGGACGGCGCCCAGGUGGCGGUCAACGGGAACGCCAUGAUCCGGGGGGCGGAUGCGGCGGCCCUGGGGGCGGCGGCGGAGAAGCUGGGCGGGCUGGCGGCCAGCAAGGCUGAGGAGGCGGCCUAG